AUGGAAAAGCUUUUACAAUGGUCGAUUGAAAAUAGCGAUCCCUCAAAUGUAUUGCAGCAAUCAACUACGCAAGAAAAAGAUAACUUAGAUCCGGAAAUUAUUGAUCACAUUUUAGGAAAGAGUGAUGCUGUUAGAAUGCGAGAGGCCGUCGAGGCAGUAUUAAAUCCAGAGACAAGUUUUGAUAAUAAAGAGAUUGCUCUCGAUAACCUAGAAAUGCUUGUAGAACAGAUAGAUAAUGCCAUUGAUAUCGAGAAUUUGAAUUUAUGGCCACAAAUUCUUUCAUUUCUUUCACUACCAGAAGCUUCUCUUAGGACACAAGCUUUAUGGGUAUGUGGAACUGCUGUUCAGAAUAAUCCUAAGGCACAGAAAGCUUUCUCAGAAAAAGGAGGAUUGACCCUCAUUUUGAAUAUAUUAAAAGAUGAAAACGAAGAUAUGGAAGUUAAGAGUAAAGCACUAUAUGCGUUGUCUGGGGCUAUAAAGCAUUAUCCUCCAGGGUUGGCUCAGUUGGAGAAAGAUGGAGGAUAUGACGUGUUAUUGAGAUUAUUAGAAACUUCUAAUGAUAUCCAGUUACUGCGUAAAAUAGUAUUUCUUUUCAAUACAUUGCUUGUGCAAGAUCCGAAUACUGUGUCAAUGCGAAUAAAAGAAAAAGGACUUGCCAAAAAGAUGAUUAAUAUAUUAGAUAAAUAUGGAGAGCAAGAUGAAGAUUUGACAGAUAAGGUUCUUCGUACAUUGCUUGCUGAAUUACAACACUCUUCACAAUCUUUGACCGAGGAUGAGAUAAGCGAGUUGAGAAAACUUUUUCCAGUGCUCAAAACAAAAUAUGAGAAGUGCGCACUGUCCCCAAUAGAAUGGGAAGAAUUAGAGAAACGAAUUCAACAACGGAAACUUGUUUGA